AUGGGGUUUAACUCUACCUGGCGGGGCUGGAUACAAGAGUGCCUUCGGUCCUCGUCUUUCUCCGUUUUAAUGAAUGGCUCCCCGUCGGGGUAUUUCACUCCCACGAGAGGCCUCCGACAGGGGGAUCCCCUAUCCCCACUCCUGUUUGUUCUCUGCACGGAGGGGUUUGCUGCGCUUCUUCGAAAAGCUAUUGCGGUUAAUAAGCUUGGAGGAAUCAAGGUUGCUCCCCGAGCGCCGCGAAUAUCCCAUCUGUUCUUUGCCGAUGACUCGUACUUAUUCCUGCGUGGGUCUCUUCACGAGUGCGAAAACCUUAUCGAGGUCUUGAAUGAGUAUGAGGAACUUAGUGGUCAGCGGGUUAACUUGGAGAAAUCGGCAGUGUGCUUCAGUGGAAACAUUGCUCUGCCGGACCAAGAAUUUCUGGCUGCAAUUCUGGGGGUAGGGGCGGUUGGGGUUCAUGAUAAGUACUUGGGGUUGCCUACGCUAAUUGCUCGGUCUAAGAUGGAAACCUUCCGGUAUUUGGAGGAAAAGUUGUUGGAGCGUCUGCAGGGGUGGAAACAGAAAACCCUAUCCUGGGCAGCGAAGGAAACUCUUAUUAAAUCAAUUGCCUUGGCUCUACCAUUGCAUGUGAUGUCCUGUUUCAAGCUUCCCCUGUCUCUGUGCCGCUUGCUUGACAAACAUGUGGCACGGUUCUGGUGGGGCGCUGAGGAGGGCCAGCCGAAAAUCCGGUGGAAGUCAUGGAGGAAUAUGUGCCGAAGUAAACAUGAGGGUGGAAUGGGAUUUCGUCGGUUCGAGCAUUUUAACCAAGCUCUUCUGGCUAAGAUUGGAUGGCGGAUCCUUCAGGAGCCCGAUUCUCUCCUCGCUCGGGUUUAUAAAGGGAAGUAUUUCCCGAAUGGGUCCUUCCUUUUGGCCACGGCGAGAUCCCGUCUCUCUUGGGGGUGGCAGAGUAUUCUCUAUGGCCGUCAACUGUUAGAGGCAGGCCUGCGGUGGCAAAUUUGGAAUGGGCAAUCGGCUUCUCUGCUCCAUUCGAACUGGAUUCCCCAAUUCCAGCUCGAUCCUCCCCGGUAUAACCCGUAG